UGAAUGUAAGCAUCAAGAGAGGAGCCAGCUUGACAACCCUGGAGACUGACAUCUUUGUCUGCUAGAACAGGUUUCCUUGGUCUUGCUCCUUGUGCUGCUGCAAUGAGUGGGAAGUCCUUGCUUUUAAAGGUCAUUCUCCUGGGGGAUGGUGGCGUUGGAAAAAGUUCCCUCAUGAACCGCUACGUCACUAACAAGUUUGACUCUCAGGCUUUCCACACUAUCGGUGUAGAGUUUCUAAACCGUGACCUGGAGGUGGAUGGACGUUUUGUGACCCUCCAGAUCUGGGAUACUGCAGGACAGGAGAGGUUCAAGAGCCUGCGAACCCCUUUUUACAGAGGGGCAGACUGCUGCCUGCUGACCUUUAGUGUUGAUGACCGCCAGAGCUUCGAGAACCUAGGCAACUGGCAGAAGGAAUUUGUCUACUAUGCAGAUGUGAAGGACCCUGAUCACUUCCCAUUUGUGGUCCUGGGCAACAAGAUUGACAAACUUGAUAGACAGGUGACCACUGAAGAGGCCCAAGCCUGGUGCAUGGAAAAUGGGAACUACCCUUACCUGGAAACCAGUGCCAAGGAUGAUACCAAUGUGGCAGUGGCCUUUGAAGAAGCUGUGCGACAAGUACUGGCAGUGGAAGAGCAGCUGGAGCACUGCAUGUUGGGGCACGCAGUAGACCUGCACAGCAGCUCUAAAUCAGGAUCUUCGUGUUGUUAAUAGUGUCAGUCACUUAGAUAACACACCCUAGAACUGAUCCUUAAAUGGAACAAGUGCAAAUGGCUCUCAGGCAUACCAGGGAAUGCAGAGAGAAGAGUGGGUUGGGUUACUGACUAGAAACAGCAGUCUUUGUGUUGAACCAUGUGGAGUGCUAGGUGUAAAGGAAAGGUAUAUUAUGAGUGACCCAAGUGCAUCUGGAUGGUAGCGCUGCUUCCUCCCCCUAUUCUUUCCAGCUGAUCUCAAGAACUGGGUUAACCUAACAGGCUUAUGGAUUAAGAUUGGUGCUAAGAAAUGUCCAUAAAAUGUUGUGUGCAGAGCUCUAGACAUUCCUUAAAGUAUUUCAUUAGUGAACUGAAAAAUACUCAGCCCACUAAACUCAUACCUUACUACCAAAGGGAAGUUUAUUCAGUAUCCUGCAGAACAUCAAAACCAAACUGAAAGAUUUUAGCCUUGGAAAACCAUGAGAAUAUCCAUACAGUAACAAUAGAUGUGUAUAAGCCCGUUUCUUAGGACUAUCGCAUUGUGUCCUGAUCUGUCCUAAUCUUCUGAAGCCUUUUGGAAGAACUUGUGUGCAAUGCUGAGCCUGGGUCCUCCUGGAAGGUAGCAUGUCUCAAAAUAUUUGGAGAGAUACAGGGGUGAGAAGGGUGUUUGAAUGUUGCUGCCUACCUUGGUCAGUUUUUAUUUGCCAGCUCUAACUUUGCUGCAUAUGGAUGUUACUUCCACAGAGUGACUGGCUUCUUGGUUACAGUUGUGCUGUUGGCUUUUCCUGAGGCGUAGCACUAGAUGCUGCUGCUCACAUCUUGGAUAACUCCCGACUGGACAUCAUCUUCAUUCAUGGACACUGUCUUAGCCAUAUUAGUUUGAUGGACAAUAGACCCUCAGUGUGAACAUGGGUCUUGGUGCCAUGUAAUUACCAAUAUAUAUCAUGGCUGUAGAAAAAUUGGUGAUAGAUGAACAGAGCAACUUUCUGAUGUGCAGCACGUUGAUGAACAGACUCAUGGAUAUCCAUUAAAAACACCUUUUUGCAGGUGUGCUGGUGAAGCGGUCCUGGGCACAGGCCUAGAAUCCUCCAUGCUUUGUGAGCCCAAAGGCCACUUGAUCUGAGAUCCCUUGAGUUGGAUGCUGCAGUUUAGAAUAACUUCUCCAUUAUUAAAUUGCUUUCUCAAGAAUCUUGGAACAGAAGGGAUAGUGAGUGGGAGGUAACCACUGGUGAUGAGCCUCUAGUGAAUUGUCUA